UCCAAGUUCAGUCUUUCAUCCGUGUGACAGUGGGGAUUCGUUAGCGUUAUGCAGUAUGAAUUGUAAAGUAAAUAUAUAUAAAUUGCAUAAUUUAAAAUACUGCUUUCACGUAGGACAAGUCUAACCCACAGGAAACGCUUUACCUGUUUUCCUAAAGGAUAUUGACAUCCAAUUAUGAGUUUACCUAGAGGGGUCGUAAGAAAUGAAGAUUAUUUAGGACUUAAAAGCGAACUUCUCCGGAAUAACAAACUAUUUGUGGAUCCUGAUUUCUCACCUAGUACAUCAUCACUUACAUUCUCUGGCUUUCAGCCUCGGAUUUCAGGAAUACGGAGCGUUAUUUGGAAACGUCCCAGGGACCUGGUUGUCAACCCUAGAUUCGUAAAAGCCGGACUUUCAAGGCAUGAUUUAUACCAAGGAGUUUUAGGAAACUGUUGGUUCAUAGCAGGGGCAGCUGUGGUUUCUACUAUACCUAAAUUAUUGUUUAGAUGUGUACCAACAGACCAGGACUUUGACAAAGACUAUGCAGGUUUAUUUCAUUUUAACUUUUGGUGGUAUGGUAAAUGGGUGGAGGUCAUCAUUGAUGAUUUGCUACCAACAGAUGGCAUGCAGCUGAUAUAUGCCAGAAACAGGAGUGAUCCAGAUGAAUUUUGGCCAGCCCUCCUAGAGAAAGCUUAUGCUAAAUUGCGAGGUAAUUAUGAAGCAUUAGAUGGUGGAAAAUUACAGGAUGCCAUAGUAGAUAUGACUGGUUCAAUAUCAGAAUAUAUCGACCUGAAAGACAAAUCAAAGAUACCAAAUAAUUUAUAUGAUCUAGUAUGGAAAAGUUAUCAGAUGAAUUCCUUGAUGGGUGCUAGUAUUCAUUUGCCAGAAAAUUCCAAAACACCAGAAGUUGAGAUGACCAAUGGUUUGUUCAUGGGACAUGCUUACAGCAUAACAGGAAUUGCUUCGGUCCCAUACAGAGGCAAUAAUAUACAGUUGUUACGUCUUAGAAAUCCAUGGGGCAGAUCAGAAUGGAAGGGAGACUGGUCUGAUCACUCAGAUGAAAUCAGGAACAUCUCACAAGAUGCAAGGACAAAACUCGGAAUAGUCAUUAGAGACGAUGGAGAAUUCUGGAUACCAUUCAUAGAUGUAUUAAGAAACUUUGAUGAAAUCCAAUUGUGUCACUUACAGCCAGAUUCAUUAACAUCAGAAAUAGCCAAUGAUGAGAGAAAACAAAAUUGGGAAGUAACAGUUUACCAUGAUGCUUGGAUAAGAGGACUUACUGCUGGAGGUUGUGGCAAUCAUCCAUACCAAGAUCUUUACUGGAAAAAUCCUCAGUUUUUUAUAAGACUAAAAGAUGUGGAUAUUACAGACAGUUCUGGGUUAUGCACCCUGAUUGCAACUUUGACAGAGAAAGAAAUGAAUAAUAAAUCAUCUGUUGCUAUAGGAUUUGAUGUGUAUAAGUUGAGAGAGUUUCAAAGGAGACCACUAGAUGGAGAAUCAGCUCCAAGAAAUGCUUUAAUUCUACGAAAAAGAUCAGGGGUUUAUGAAUACAAUCGUGAAGUCACAAGAAGAUUUGAGUUAGACCCUGGUGUAUAUGCUUUAAUACCUAGUACAUUUAAGGCACAUGAUGAAGCCAAAUUUAUGCUCAGGUUGUACACAGAGAAAGCAGCUGACAGUGGGCUACUGGAAGAAGAUGAUAAAAAUGAACUACCAAAGCCAGUUAAACCAUUGGAUCCUGUGAAGGAAUUAUUUAUGAAACAUGCCACUGAAGAUGGACAUAUUUAUGCAAAAGAAUUAAAACAUUUUCUUAGAGAAUUGUCUGCAUCAGAAUUUGGAGAAGCCAUAUUGUUUAGUUUAGAGGCAUCUAGAUCCCUGGUUACACUGAUGGAUAGAAAUCGUUCUGGUGCACUGAAUUUUGGUGAAGUUGUAAAAGGAUGGAAUGAAAUUAAAGCUUACAAGAAAAUAUUUGAGCAGUUUGACAAGGAUGGGACUGCCAGUGUAGAUACAUAUGAACUAAGCAAACUUUUCAGUGCUUUAGGUCCAUAUGUAGGUGCUGGUUUUACUGUAAACAGACAGGUACAGAUCGCCAUUGUACGUCGCUAUGGAAACAGGAACAAUAAAAUCAGACUGACAGAUUUUUUGAUAGUGAUCUUUAAACUCACAUUAAUGUUUGAGCUAUUUAAGGAACAGCAGUUGAAAACCGGUGGUAAUAAUGAUGCUGCUUCAUUCACCUUAAAUGAAUAUCUCUACUACACAAUGUACUGCUGACCAACUGACAGACCACAUCAGAAAUCCUAGAAGCUAACUCUACGAAUAACAUUACAAUGAAUUUUUUUUGUACAAUGACAUUUUCUAGAAAUGGCAGCAAGUUUUAAGCUUAUUUUUUUACAGCCUGUCUGUGUGUGUUAUUGUCAUCACUUAGUAUCCAUUGUUACAUCUUACAUAGAUUCUUAAAACUCUUCUCCAGACUCUUGGUCUAUUUAAGACUACUGCGUGUCCCAGAUACCUCAUAAAGUAUUUUUUUAAAGAAAAAAGCUAACAUUUGAUUUCGGUUUAUGUAUACCUAAGAAUAAGAUUCUUGGUAUUUUUGAUGCAAACAAAAUGGAGGAAAAUAGUUUUUCAAGGAAAGAAAUUUUAUUUUCUUUUAGUUAUGCUUUUAUCUUGUAUUUUGUUGUAAAUACAAUGCACCUUUCCGUGUAACAGUUUUUACCGUGGACCAAUUAGGCUAUUUCCUCACUUUUUAUCUUUCAUUUACUUCUUCGGCUUUUUGAAAAUCUUCUUGAUUCAUUGCCAAGGAUUUUGAUCAAAUGAAUUAUUCUUAAGGUAUUCCUUACCAACAUUAUAUAUAUUAAACUGCCCUCUUACCAGUGCUCUUAAACUGUCAUUACCAUCAAUAGUACAUGCCAUGGGUGAAACCUUUACAAUGACUGGACAGUGGUCUGAUGUCCAUAAAACUUGAUAGGAUUUUAUUCUUGGUAUUUAUGUUCAUUGAUCUGUUGGUCUAUCAUCGAAGAGUAUUUGAGUGUUACAGGCUCAUUAAAACCUUUUAGAAUCUCUUUAUCCUGCUUAUACAAUGUAUUAUUAUAUUAAAUUUUUGUCACAAUUUUAAUUUCUGCAAUAAUGAAUGUAGCAAUAGGUGUAACUUUUAAAUGAAAUACAAUGAAUUUUCAUUGAAUAUUUUAUAUGCAUGAUUUAUAAAGGGAAUGUACAUUUAUUUGUCAAAUUUUUAUUUUCUUUUUUAAUUAAAGUAUGUUAUUGUUUUGUC